CAGAGCGAGACAUACAGGCUGCUUGACUGAUGUCAUGAAUUAUUGAUAUCAAUGGUGAUUUCUCUCAGUGGGGCUGUGUGUGACACCCUGAGUGUGUGUUUGUGUAUGCAGACAGUCCAGUCAGUAUAUGUGUAGCUCUCUGUGUGUGCAAGCAGAAUUGGAUGUGUGUGAGACCUGUGUGUGUUUGUGCAAGAAGGGUUGUAUGUAGUGCCUAGUGUGUGUGUGUUUGUGCAAGCUGGGCAUUCUGUUUGUAGCAGCGUGUGUGUGACAGUGUGUGUGUGUGUAAGGGAGGGUGGAGAAUCCAGAUCAAUUCUCUGCGUUUGAUGUCACUGUGCCUGACUCGGUGACGUUGCCUCCUGCUGGGAAAGGGUCCGUUCUGCUUCAUUUCUGAGGCUGCUGCUGCUGUUUUGCCUGAUUUUCCUUGGCUUUCCUCCAUUUUUCAUCCUUCGCACCUGCAAGUGAUUCUGUAUCCCAGGGUGGGGACCCUGGAUCUUUCUAUGCCUUGGAUUGCUGUCCUGUUGUCUGCAGGGUGUUACACUGGAUCCAAAAUGCUGCCCGACCUGGUUUUAUGCUGAUGAGUUAUUUGGGGUAAGGGUAAAAGCCCUCCUUAUUUCUGCCCCAAUAAAGGCACCGAGGAACAUUUGCCUCUUCUCACAUCUUCCAGCUGUUGUUGUGUUUUCAUCUUCCCAUCCCAGGAGCCGGUGAUCCUGCCAGCAUGCUUCCCAUGAAGUGAGCGCCGGAGCCGAGAACGUUAGAACCAUGUCUAACACAAGCAACGGAGACACCAAAACCCAAUGUCUACCAUGUAAUGGGCUGGUGAAGAUUCCUGCUCCCACCAAUGGCCUGGGCUCUGCCAGUAUUACCAAAGGGACUCCAGCAGUGAAGAACCGCCUGUACCAGCCCCCUUCUGUACCCACCAUCCUCAGCCAAGCCUUCCCCAAGCAUGCCGAGCAUAUCAGUCCUCCCACCCUGCCCAUCUUGCCUCCCACACACACUAUCCCUCUGGGUCUGAGUCCUGGAGAGGAGAACGUUCCCCUGCCAUGUGGCCCCCCUGCAGACAGAGGACCGAGUCCUGACAUGAACUGGCACCUUGCCCUGGAUGAGAAGAUUCUUACCCGUCUUUUCUGUUACUUUUCUGCCUGUGAGAAGUGCGUUUUGGCUCAGGUGUGCAAGACAUGGAGGCGAGUUCUGUACCAGCCUAGGUUCUGGCUAAACCUGACCCCAGUGUUGCAUGCCAAAGAACUAUACAAUGUGUCGGCCUGCGGAGAGAAGGAGUUUGUUAACCUGCAGGGCUUUGCGGUGCGUGGAUUUGAGUCUUUCUGUCUGGUUGGGGUGUCAGAUCUGGAUAUCUGUGAGUUUAUUGAUAACUACCCGCUUUCCAAAAAGGGAGUCAAAUCUGUGAGCCUAAAGAGGUCGACAAUCACCGAUGCUGGACUGGAGGUGAUGCUGGAGCAGAUGCAGGGAGUAGUACGUCUGGAGCUGUCGGGCUGCAAUGACUUCACUGAGGCUGGCUUAUGGUCAAGCUUACACGGACGCAUUACGUCUCUAAGUGUCAGCGACUGUAUCAAUGUGGCUGAUGAUGCGGUGGCAGCCAUCUCCCAGCUCCUGCCCAAUUUGGGUGAGCUGAAUCUCCAAGCCUAUCAUGUAACGGACACGGCUCUGGCAUAUUUUACUGCCAAGCAAGGCCGAGCCACACACACACUGCGCCUGCACUCGUGCUGGGAGAUCACCAACCAUGGGGUGGUCAAUGUGGUCCACAGUCUACCUAACCUGACCGUGCUCAGCCUCUCUGGCUGCUCCAAGGUGACAGACGAUGGGGUGGAGUUAGUAGCGGAGAACCUGAGAAGGCUUCGGGGCUUGGACCUGUCAUGGUGCCCACGACUAACAGACACGGCCUUGGAGUAUAUUGCUUGUGACCUGCACAAGCUGGAGGAGCUGGUUUUGGACAGGUGUGUGCGGAUCACAGACACAGGGCUCAGUUACCUGUCCACAAUGCCAUGUCUCCGCAGCCUGUACCUACGCUGGUGCUGCCAGGUGCAAGAUUUUGGCCUGAAGCAUUUGUUGGUGAUGAAAAGUUUACGACUCUUAUCUCUGGCAGGUUGUCCCUUGCUCACCACUACAGGCCUCUCUGGCCUGGUCCAACUGCAAGACUUGGAAGAACUGGAACUAACCAACUGCCCUGGGGCAACUCCAGAGCUCUUCAAGUAUUUCUCCCAACACCUGCCUCGUUGUGUGGUGAUUGAGUAAGAUACCAGCUCCACUCUUAGAAUCGUCUCUUCCAAAUCAUUGACAGCACUGGCCAUCAGAUCGGAGACUUUGGCUUGGACAUCAAGACCAAGCCAUUGAUGACUGACAUGCAAUGAGAGCAAGAUCAUGGGAGAUAUUUCACACUCCAGUUAGUGAAGGCUUCAUUCCAUGUCCCGAAGGAAGGGUUGUAUAUUUCCCACGUCUCAUUUCUUGUCUUCUCUGUCGUGGACUGUUUUGCAACUCAAAUACAGCUGGUUCCCAUUCAAACCCCCAGCAGUGUCCUCUAUAAGGUCAACAUGGCAUGAGGUUAAGUGCAGUUGAGUCUUACCUGCUGUUAUCAAAAUGGUGGUUGUCCAUUAUUCGAGUUUGGUGCUUUGGAAGAUGGGUACAGAAGAUCUACUGGGCCCAGCAUAUAAUAAUUCCUGGAUGAUUAAGUGCAAGCGACACUGCAAAGGCAAUACUGAAGUAGAAUAUUCUGGAUCCACCAGCAAUCUGAAGAGGUUUCCAUGCAGAUUGUUGUUGGUAUGACUGUAGGAAAGAGUAAGUAGAUGCAUGGAAUGACCAUAAGAAGAGCCAAUGUUGUGUUUACCCAGUGAUAUUAUUAUGGAAUCAUCAUCUACUAUGAGCCUGACAUCCAAUCCUUGUCAACCUUCUUUCUACUUGGUUUGGACCCUUGUGCAGAUGCUGCGGCUUCUACAAUCACAAAGCUCAUGUGGACUAGGUUUAGCCAACAAUUGUUGCACACAGAGCUUUGCAGCUGGAAUCUAAUGGAAUAUAGUGUGGCUUUUGCAACAGAUUAAGGCAAGGGGGUCACAGGCUUAGGGUUUUUCUAGAUCUUCUAUGGGGAGAAACCAGCGGCAGUUUGUUUCUUAGUUCUGCUCAGUGAUCUUACAUUUGUCAGUGGAUCAAGUCUGGAGCCAUCAAUUCUAUAAAAAGGACAGUACAGGGGAAUCGUGGGCAUGGAGCAAACAUUGAGCAGAGGAUAUGCCUUUGUGUAUAUAUAUAUAUAUAUAUAUAUAUAUAUAUAUAUAUAUAUAUAUAUAUAUAUAUAUAUAUAUAUAUAUAUAUAUAUAUAUAUAUAUAUAUAUGUGUGUGUGUGUGCUGGUUAAGAUGGACUGGGGGUCUCCCUCACAUUGCUUCAUAGCUUGCCCUAGUGCCUGUACAUUUUUCUCCCUGCUUGUCUAAAAUUGAGAACAGAAGUUGGAGGACAGUAUUACCCUCGCCUUCCUCAUCCUGGAAGGAAUAUUUCUUCUUGAGCUGAACAUUCUCUCUAAGAAGUUUGCCUGAGGUGCACAAAUAGUGAUAACAUAAAACUGCUGCCCCCCCGAGACAUAAUCCAUUAGCCCACCCUGAUGACUUCACUUGUCUGCUAUUCUUUCUGUGAUCUUUUCCACCAAUUCCCUCAUUCUAAUCACCCUUCAUCCUUGCAAGUUCUUUUUUCCUUUCCUCUAUCUCUUGUACUUUUCUAUUUGCCUAAUUCUCACACAUUUUCUCUCAAAUCCCCAUGCCACCAGCUGGCCCAGUCUCUAUUUGCCCCAUGUUCACGUCCAGCUUUGGAGAGCACUGUUUACAAAACAAUCUUGUGCUGUUUAUCACAAUGCUUUAAAUAUAUUAAAAUAUAUAAUUCUUUCCUCCA